GGCUGAAGACGAAAACCACAGGUGGUGCGAGGAUGACUGAGAUGAUGAAGGUUGAAACACAUGAACCUGGUGGGCUCUGCUUGGAGCCCCUCCUGCCUGCAGCAACCGUGUCAGAACUGGAGGAGGAAACACAAGACAGCAAAGAUCUCAUUCAUCAGAUUUUGGUGAUUAAAAAGGUUCCCCAGGACUGGAGCUCCAAUGUGGACAAGCAGGCCCCAGAGCACCCUCUUGUAAAGAAGGAAGAGGAGGAGCUGUGGAUCAGACAGGAGGAAGAGCAGCUUACUGUGAAAACUGAAGAUGAAGAGAAACCUCAGUUGUCAGAGCUUCAUCAGAUCAAAACUGAAGACAAUGGAGAUACAGAAGCUCCAAGCAGCAACUUAGUUAAACAGAUGGAAACAGAACUUGAAGAAGAUGACUGUAGGACUCCAGAACCAAACAGGGGCCCAGUUCCAGUAUGUUUCUCUCAACAAAGUAAGAUUGCUCAGAUUGGAGUCCAAACAGGGCACAAACAUUUCAGUUGCAAUAUUUGUGGCAAAAGUUUCAAAAAUUACACGACUUUCAAAAUGCACAUGAUGAUUCACACUGGAAUGAGGGAACAUAGCUGUGAUUUUUGUGGUAAAGGAUUUGAAGAAAAGCGUGCUCUUCAGACACAUAUGAGACUCCACACUGGAGAGAGACCAUAUGCUUGUGAAGAUUGUGGUAAAACGUUUCAUGCAAAAGCUAUUCUUAAGAUGCACCUAAGAGUCCAUUCAGGAGAAAAACCCUUUUCUUGCUAUGUCUGUGGAACAAGAUUUAAAACAAAAGGAACUCUAACAAGGCACGUGAGGAUCCACACCACAGAGAAACCAUUUGUAUGUCAUGUUUGUAGUAAAGCAUUUUCCCUACAACAUCAUCUAAAGAGGCACAUGAGUGUUCACACAGGAGAGAAGCAAUUUAUUUGCGGUGUUUGCAGUGAGGGAUUUUCACAACAAACUCAAUUAAAGAGACACAUGCGUGUUCAUGCACAGGAGAAGUCAUUUAUUUGUAGUGUUUGUAGUAAACGAUUUUUUAAACAAGAUACUCUGGAGAGACACAUGCGUAUUCACACAGGAGAAGACCCAUUUAUAUGUCAUGUUUGCAGUAAGGGAUUUUCAAAACAAGAGACUCUGAGUGGACACAUGCGUGUUCACACGGGAGAGAAAAUGUUUAUUUGUAGUGUGUGUGAUAAAGGAUUUACACGACAACAGAGUCUGAAAAACCACAUGGAGGUUCACACUGCACUGUUUAGCUGUGGCGACUGUAGCAAACGUUUUGUGAAGGAAACACAGUUAAUGCGGCAUGUCAAACUCCACACAGUGGAGAGGCCAUUUAGUUGUGAAGUCUGUAGGAGCAGAUUUAAUAAAAGGCUCCAUCUUGAAAAUCACAUGCGAGUCCAUUCGGGAGAGAAGCCGUUUGUUUGUAGUGUUUGCAGUAAAGCGUUUUCACGACAUGGAAAUUUGACGAGACACAUGGCCGUUCAUGAAGGCUGCAACUCUUGAUAUUGUCAGUUGGUUUGUCAAAUUUUUUUCAAUUAUUAGGAUUUUGUUUGUGAUUUUCUGUGGAGCUCCAUUAGUUUUUCAUUCUGGAUAAAGAAUGAACACCAGAAUAAUAAUGCCUCCAUUAUUAUUUUGUCCACAUUUACAGUUUUAAGCUCAAGAAUUACUUAACUUAAAAAUGAUAAUGCCUUCAUUUUUAUGGCAUAAUAAUGAAGACGUUAUUAUUAUUAUUAUUAUAUCAUUUUAAACUUAAAAAAAGAGUUGGAAAACAUGUAUUUAAAAAUAUUUCUUUGUCUUUUUAGGGAUGGUUCCAUACUUAAAAAUACUGUAGGCUUCAUAAAUAGUGAGCCAAUAAUGAUAUCAACUGAUGACGCUACCUUAUUAUAUUAAUAUACUGAAAGUCUUAAGAAAUAUUUUCUUCUUCAAUCUCAAAUCUAUCAAACUUUAUCCAAAUGCAAAUAUCAUACUUAAUAAAAGAAGUUGCAUACCUUACACAAAGUAAUGAGAUGAAAAUACAGCAGUAACAAAAAUUGUUUUCCCCCCAUUAUUUUUUGUAAGUUUGUCACACAUGUUUUAGACCAGAUAAAUUUAAAUAAUGGACAAAUUUAUCUUAUUUAGUCACAAAAUGCUGUGUUUUAAUGUAGGUGUUUGUUGUUUUUUUUUGUGAAAGGGAAAAAAUCCAAACCUGAGUCACAACUUUGGAAAAAUUAGUUCAAUUUCUUUAGCCACACCUUCAAUAGGACCUGCCUGUUGUGUGGAACAGAUCUCAAAAGAUCCUCAAAAGCCAGGAAAAGGAACAUCAUGCCAGAAAUGUAAUAUGGUUUUGAAAAUGUAAUGGUCUGGAGCUUUUUUGCUCCUUCAGGACCUUGAAGACUUGCUGUGAUAAAUUGAACCAUGAAUUCUGUUGUCCACUAAAACAUCCUGAAGGAAAAUGUCUGGCCAUCUGUGACCUCAAACCAAAGAGCACUUGAAUUCUGCAGGGGAACAAAAAUCCAAAGCACACCAGCAAGUCCCCCUCCAAAGAACAAAAAUUAAAAUUUUGGAUUGGCCUAGUCAAAGUCCUGUCCUGGGUCUGACUGAAAUGGUGUUUAAUUACCAUAAAAAGGAGGUUAAUGCUUGAAAACUCUCGGGUGUGGCUAAAUAAAAAUUCUGCAGAGAGUGUGCCAAAGUUAUGUUGGAGCUAGAAUAAAUUAAUGUCAUAUUAGUAAUUCUUGUAACAGGCCUUUAAAUUAUUAAACAUAAAAUGUAACAUUCAAGAAAGUUUUGAGGGAAACAAGAUGUAACCCAAUAAAAAGUAUGAGUGUUGGUAUUAAGAGUUUCUUGCAAAAUCUGGAUUUGUAAAAUCCUGAAAUGCCUUUUUAAGGAAAGGUUUUGACAAAGAAAAAGGAAGAAUAAACUCCAACUUGGCACUUUUCAUCCACAAACUUUGCAGGUCACAUUCCCUAUCGUUCAUUGGGUCUUGUUUAAACACUUUAUGAAGCUAUUACUGUAUAAAGUAGAGAGGUACUGUACAGUCAGAUUGGUGUGCAGAUCACUGAAUGUUGUGUGAUUGGCAUCAGAGAAGAUAACUGAGCUUAAAUUCUGAUUUUAUUGCGACUGUUGGCCGAAUCUGCUCGGCCCCACUAGUGACCAUUCCACAUCAUGGUGCUUAAAUAAGAAUAGUAUUUAUGGCUUACACAGCUCUUCUUUCUUUUACAAGAUUCAAUAUAAUAUUUUUAUUCUAAUAUUUUUGGGACACACCAGUUUGGUGAAAGUAUUGAAUGUAAAAAAAAAAAUGUCUCAAGUUUGUUUCUGUAAAUGAAAAGAAUUAUGAGAAAUGUUGACUGAAUUUUUGUCAGUUUGAUACACGGUUACAAAACCUUUGUAAGUAGGAAUAAUCGGUUUGUUAAAUAAACACUAAAAUGUC